AUGACAACACUCGAAGACCUCUACGCAUCGUACUGCCGCCGACGGGGGUGUAGGCCAAACAGCUUCUUGUCCAGGUACCUGCAGGAGGAGUUCACGCGACACAGCCAGCAGCGAGUGCUGGAGAGCGUCGACCUCUCGGAUAACUACGUGGGCGCGAAGGGCAUCAUUCCCGUGCUGGAUCUCGUCAAGAAUGUGAAGACCGUGAGGAGGCUGGAUGUCCGGAAAAACAUGCUCGAGCACGAGCAACUGGAGCACCUUGUCUACUGCCUUGCCCUGCAUCCAUCAAUAGAGGAGGUGGACGUUUCAGGCAACGCUCUCGAUGAUGGCAGCGUCGACAUCAUUUUGAAACUUCUCCAGGCGAAUGAGAGCAUCACCGUCUUCCGUGUGGACGGGAAUCAUUUUGCGUCUUCCUCCCUGUCGCUGAUCAAUGACCAUCUGGAGAGGAACAAGGAACGCAAAGCUGAACGGCAAAAGGAAAUGACACCCGUAUACACUGGCAAAUGGUUCCGUGCGCAGGUGCGGGGAUCUCUAGCGGAAGAAACAUCGGGUGGCCAUGUACACUUCUCUACCUGGUGGAAGAACCAACAGUACAUUAUGCGAGUAUCACGACGAGCCCAGGUCCGUGUCGUCAUGGAUGUCGAUGAUCCAAAGGCCGCACGGCAGGCUGGGUUCUUUGUCUUUUAUUCCGAUGGUACACGCAAAGUAAUUGUGGCCGAUGCGGAUCAUAUUGCUGCGGAAAGUAAUGUGGACCACAGUCAUUGUUUUGUGACGUUGUUGGUUGAGGAGCACGCUGCUUAUUCCAUCAUGCCCUUUACAUUUCAUCCAGAACGAAGCAUGUCAUUUACGCUGAUGGUGGAAUUAUGCCAGGAGAGCUUGAAAAGCUCAGAGGGUUGGGUUACAUUGGAGCCUGUGGAUUCUGCGCUUGACUGGCUUGUGUAUGUUAUGCACGGCGAGUGGACAAGCGCCUCAGCCGGUGGUUCCCCAACGCAGCAUUUGUGGUGCCGCAAUCCCAUGAUACAUGUACAAUACGCCGGUUCCAUUCAGUCAUACCGAAUGGCAUCUCCUGCCACCGUGUUUGUGCAGCUUAGCAAGAGCAUUGAUGCGGAUGAAAACGACGAUAGGCAUAUUGGAUUUGAUGUUGUUACACUGGAUACGACGGGGAACAACAAACCACCCAUCUGCUGCAAAGAAGAAUCCCGCAAGUGUACGUGCCCUCACGAGCACAGAACGACGGUUACAGCUUCCUUUGUGAUUAUGUGUGCUGCUCUUGACUUGUUUAUUGUCCCGAGCACGGCGAUACCUGGGGAGUUGGGUUCCUACACUGUGACUGUCUUUUCUUCUGUCCCUCUCCGACUGACCACAUCUGCGUUUCCUCACGGAUGGAACUACCGAGCGGUGAAAGGCGUCUGGGAUGAAGACAACUGCGGAGGGAGUCGGGAACGCAGCAUGUCAUGGAAGUGCAAUCCCUCUCUUGCACUCCACUUUGACGCCCAUCAAUCCCCUCCAGAUUUAACUUUAUUCUUGGAGGAAUCAUUGCCCCGUCCGAAGAGCCCUGUCCGCCGUGGCAGCGCCGACUCUUGCGGCAACUUAAUGGAUUCCCUCUCAGCAGUGGAGGAGACUCAGAAAAAAAAGGAACUAAAAGAGUUUCUACAUCGGCACCAACUGAGUCAUUUGGAGGGAUGUAUCUCCCUUGUCGAGGCCUGCCCACCCAUGUACCGUUUGCUUUAUUCCUCUGAAUACUCCCGGGGCUCGGUCGUGUCUCUUGUGGUGCCUGCUGUCAGCGAGGAAUUUUUUUUGCUGGCUGCAACGCGCCACGCUGGUCAACUGGGUAAUUUUAUACUUCACAUCUUCUCGUCGCGUCCGUUUGUGACUGACGAACUGAAGACGUUGGCGUUGCGGGAACGGGAGUAUCAAUUGCUGCAGUGCGCUCAGGAAUCCCAGGCUCGUCAGGCAGCGAAUUCGGUAUUGGCAAAAAAACGGUCUGGUCCCAAAGACUCUGAGGAUGCGGUUCUUGCGCACAACGAGAUCCUUCUUCGUUGCAUGGUGACUGGAGAGAAGUACGUGGAUCGGGACUUUCCACGUGGUGGAUCCUCCUUGUGGAUCGAUCCGGCGAAAAAGACACCGGCGUGGUGUGGGAAAGAGAUUUAUUGGAAGCGACCGACGGAGCUGGUGGAGGAAGUGACAUUUCUCCGGGAGUGGAAGUGUGACUGCCCCUUUCCUUUCUCGAGACGGGAGUGGUUUGCCUCCGUCACAUAUGCGAUUGCUACGAAACCGCUCUGGUUACAGAAUCUAACUGCUGGAUACAACGUCACGGAGGGGUUAGCGCAGUUCCGUUUCUUCAAGAGCGGCCAAUGGACUUUGGUGACCAUCGACGAUUACCUACCAUUUGACAGUACCAUGGAACUGUGCAUGGGACGCCCCUCAAGAGACAACACAGACUUUUUCUUCCCCCUUCUGGAGAAAGCGUACGCAAAGCACCAUCGCUGCUACGAGGCACUAGAGCUAAAAGUCACCCCGGAACUGAGCAUCGUGGACGUGAUGUGUCAUGGCCUCAUGGAUCUUUCAGGGUGUGCCCCGGUUCAUUUCCCCCUGAGGGGCUCUGUGGAGAUGUCAGCGGAGCAACAAAACAUCCUAUGGAUGAAGCUUAAAAACGCCAUUCAGCAGGACGUUCUUUUCACCUUUUUAUUGCGCGGCGACAGUGCUGAGGCGUCUGAGCGAAUCAGUUUGGGCAUUUUGAGUGACCACUUGUACCCCGCACUAGAUGCACGUUUUGUGGAGGGGCAAAGGCUGGUGAAGUUGCGUCACUGGGGGCAGGUGGGGGAAGUCCGCUGGGGUGGAAAGUGGCGGGCGAUGAGCACACGAUGGACCACGAUCCUUCGCGAUCUUCUGAAGUUUGAUGAAGACGACAGGGAAACGUUUUGGAUGAGUUUGGAUGAGGUGUUUUUUUACUUCACGGACCUCAUCAUGACAGCGGGGACAAAGCACACGUCAUGGGUAUCGGCGGACUUUGCCGAUUGCCCGAAAGAGUGUGGCACUCCAGUAAUGGAGGGGGCCCAGUUCACUCUUCGGCUUGGAGAUCUCCCACCCGACCUGAAUAAGACACAGAUUUCGUUAGGCCUCCACCAGCCAGAUGCACGCGCCAGAGUCAUACGACAAAAGAAUGCUCUGGCGGCAUACCGCACAGCCAUCGGCCUGGCAGUUGUGGCCACGGAAGACAACACCGUAUGGCUAAAGGAGGUGCGGGAAGCCGAAGUGGUGAAAUGUUUAGAGCCGUGUAAAUGUCGAGAUGUCAUGUGUUCUCUAAAUAUCGACAUGGAUAAUGUUAAGGGGAGCAAACGCCUGACGCUUAUUGCGUUUAGGGAAGAUCAGAAGGCUGCGAAUGUACCAUUUCUGUUAUCUGCGUGGUCUGAUAAUUGCGAGGUUGCGUUAACUCCGAUCACGCGAGAUAUCAAAACGACAGUAAGUGGGGAGUGGCCGAUUGGAUACCCUGUUGGGUCACCCUCAUCGUCUUUCUGGAGAGACUGUCCACAGUACUUUGUAUUCCCCAGUGAAUCCACGGAGUUUCUUUUUGUUCUUCGUCAGGAUUUACCAGUGGGGGAAUUACCGAAGCCAAUUGGGUUCACAGUUCACCGUGAGAUGACGUGUCGAAGUUAUCUGGAGUACAAUCCAGACACAGUGGUUCUUUAUGUACAGGCGGUAGCGUCUGCAUGUGUUGAAGGCACAGUAAGACUUCUCGGAAUGAAGGAGCGAAGAGGAAUGCCGUACAUUAUUGUGCCCUUCUGCACCGAGGCCACACCUGGGGGUAAAUUUUGGAUCGAUGCCAUCGCCAAUCGUUCCUCGAGGUUUUGCUGCAUAGAUCCAAGACUUGACUGGUACCGUGACAGAAAGUCUGUUUCUUUUACCUUGGCUGACGGUAGUUUUGGUGGGUCUCCGCGUUUUUCGUCAUGGCGCAGCAGUCCGCAGUUGGCCCUGAACUUCCCCGUUGGGGGUCAGGGAAGACUGUUUGUUGUUGUCCGGAAUGAUGAUUUGAGCGAUAACCGGACGGAACUCGGCAUGAUGCUCCUGCGUGGCGAUAAUCAGUGGGAAAAUGGACUGCGGCGAAAGCUGUUUAUUUCCUCUGGUGACAUUGUGGCUCGCUCGGAAGAAAAAAUUGGGGAAACCGUCAUUGACUGCAAUGUCGAUGUGCAGCCUGAGUGCACCCUCAUUCUCGUCGUGUACGCCUCCAUGCCGUAUCGUGAGGCGGCUGUGACGGUCGCCCUUUAUUCCGCCUCCGCCGUGGAAGUGGAGCCCGUGAAGGAGUGGGCGCAGGUCGCUGUGGCGGAGGGCAGCUGGGAGCUCGGCUACACGGCCGGCGGGGGAUCCGAUCAGUUUGGCAGCUGGAUCAACAACCCGUUUGUGGCGCUAAAUACGUAUCGGCGGACGCAAAUCGUGGCGCUUCUGCUGCAGUAUCCGCAGGGGCCGGACAAGCCUCUUGUGAAGCGUGCGGGAAAGAAAAAGGCAUUCUUGCCCCCCAUUAUCAUCAAUCCAAACAAUAGAAUGAUGAUUGCGCUGGACCUGAACGUGCAGAACAGCGAACUUACACCCAUUGCCUCCACUCCCUACACUUACAACAGUGAGGUGACACUUGUGGCGCACGUUCCUGCGGCAGACUCGUUGCCAUUUCUUUUCAUUCCCCACACAAAACUACCCGAAGGGAAUGGCGAGUUUAAACUCUUUGUGUACGCGGACUCCCCCAUUGAACUCUAUACGCUUGAAAAGAAACGCUUGCCUUACGUCUAG